AUGGUAAAACAUUCAUUCAUAGCGCUAGCUGAACAAGCUAGCAAACUAAGAAAAUCCAUUCUACCUGUAAAGUUAACUUACAAGAACAUGCUAAGGGACCCAUCCGAAAAAUAUAAGGCAUUCGUCCCACCAAAGAUGACCAAAAGGAUCUGGCCAGAUAAAACAAUUCAAAAGGCCCCACGUUGGUUAUCCACCGACUUGAGAGACGGUAACCAAGCUUUGCCAGACCCAAUGUCUGUGGCUCAAAAAAAAGAGUAUUUCCAUAAACUGAUCAAUAUUGGUUUCAAAGAAAUAGAGGUUUCCUUCCCAUCUGCAUCUCAAACUGAUUUCGAUUUCACCAGGUACGCCGUGGAGAACGCUCCAGACGAUGUUAGCAUCCAAUGUCUUGUUCAAUCCAGAGAGCAUUUGAUCAAGAGAACUGUCGAGGCAUUGUCCGGUGCCAAGAGGGCCACCAUACAUACCUAUUUGGCUACAAGCGACAUGUUCCGCGAAAUCGUGUUCAACAUGUCCAGAGAGGAAGCCAUUUCCAAAGCCGUCGAGGCCACCAAACUGGUCAGGAAACUAACUAAGGAUGACCCUUCACAACAAGCUACCCGUUGGACAUAUGAAUUCUCCCCUGAAUGUUUCAGUGAUACUCCUGGUGAAUUUGCCGUUGAGAUUUGUGAAGCUGUCAAAAAAGCUUGGGAGCCUACACAGGAAAAUCCAAUCAUUUUCAACCUGCCUGCCACCGUGGAAGUAGCCUCACCAAACGUUUAUGCUGACCAAAUCGAAUACUUCUCUACUCAUAUCACCGAACGUGAAAAAGUUUGUAUUGCUACGCAUUGUCAUAAUGAUCGUGGUUGUGGUGUCGCAGCCACUGAGUUAGGUCUCCUCGCCGGUGCCGAUCGUGUUGAAGGUUGUCUCUUUGGUAAUGGUGAACGUACAGGUAACGUUGACCUGGUUACCGUGGCCAUGAAUAUGUAUACUCAUGGUGUUCCACCUAAUUUGGAUUUCUCAGAUCUAACCACGAUCUCAGAAAUUGUCCAACGUUGUAACAAGAUCCCAAUUUCUCCAAGAGCACCAUACGGAGGUGACUUGGUUGUCUCCGCCUUCUCUGGCUCCCAUCAAGAUGCAAUUAAGAAGGGAUUUGCCAUUCAAAGCAAGAAACAAGCCCAAGGUGAAACUCAAUGGAGAAUCCCAUACUUGCCAUUAGAUCCAAAGGAUAUUGGCCGUGAUUACGAAGCUGUCAUCAGAGUCAACUCUCAAUCCGGUAAGGGUGGUGCUGCCUGGGUUAUUAUGAGGUCCCUAGGAUUGGAUGUUCCAAGAUCGAUGCAAGUUGAUUUCUCUAACACUCUUCAAAAAAAUGCAGAUGCCUUAGGAAGGGAAUUAAAGUCCGAAGAAAUCACAAAACUAUUUAAAGAAACUUACAACUACAAUAACAAUGAACACAUAUACGUCACUUUGUUAAACUACGAAGUGAAGAAAUUAAACUCUGAACGUAGGGCCUUAGUUGGUCAAGUCGAAGUGAAUGACAAAGUUGUUGAUAUCGAAGGUUACGGUAACGGUCCGAUCUCUUCCCUGAUGGAUGCAUUAUCCAACUUAUUAAAUGUUAAAUUGAGUGUUGAAAACUACUCCGAACACUCCCUAGGUUCUGGUUCCGCCACUCAAGCCGCAUCGUUCAUAAACCUUUCCUAUAUAAGGAAAAAUGAUCAUGCUACCACUAACAUGUGGGGUAUUGGUGUAUCUGAGGACACUGGAGAUGCUUCUGUCAGAGCCGUCUUUGCUACGGUGAAUAACAUCAUUCAUUCCGGCGACGUUUUAUUACCAGAACAAUAG